UUUUGUAUGUUGUUUUCAAUAUUAACUUUUUUUUCUUGGAAAACAAUCAUAACCUCAAUCACUCCUCAACUCGGAGGAAAAAAAGAAAAAUAUCAAAAAAAUAAAUUAAUAAUUUGCCUUGUAAGCUUUUACUCACAUGUCUCGUCAGGUUUUGAAAAUAACAAAUUGAGUAAAAAAUCUGAUUUUUCAAACUAUGAAUUAUAUGAUAAACCUAGUUGUGGCCUUGGCCGACCCUGCCACCCAAUGAUGUAAACACCUAAGAUAGUUAAAAGAAGACGGGCUUGCCAGUUCUUUAGGAUGCUCUAGAUCAAACGGCUACCAUUAUCUGCAUUAUUGGACUUUCUCUAACUAGAGAUCUCGAGGUGGUCCCAUUUUAAUCCUGGUUGGUCAUGAAUCUCGUGACCCAACAUAAUAAUAAUCUAUUCCCGCCAGCCACUUGCUUAACAUUUUAAUGCUAUUUCUAAACCUUUAUUAACUAAUAAGGAAUCAGAAGAGUCAACCAGAGAGGGAGAGAGGGGAAAGAAGAAAAACUGGCUCAGCGCUUUCCUUGAUUCAGAAUGCGGUUGAUAAGUUCCCUCGUUUCUUCCCUCCCCUUCCCACAGGACCGUUAUUUUGCUACAACAGUGUCUAUUUCGUCAGCCUACUCUCCUUCCCUCGACUUCACCAGCCACACUUCUCGUUUCAAGUUUUGCUAUCUGUGGUAUUCAGAUCAGUGAGCAUAAAGAUAACCUAAGGUGGGCUUUUGCUCUUUGCAUCUCUCUACUUUUCUCUGUCCUGCACAAAAUGAAGCAGCCCCGGAGAAAACAAGCAGAGUCGACUUGGGUUGAAAUCUUGUGUUUCGGUUGCACCUGCCUACAGCUUUUUUGGCCGAGAAGUGUUCUAAAGAAAUGGCUCAACAUCAGCUCCAGAGAGUCUGAUUUCAGUGCUGAUCCCGACGAAGGUGAUAGCGGCUCCGAUUUUGAUGAUGAAGAUUUCUGUCGUUGGGGACGAGAUUCGACCUUCGGAGUCCAAAAAGGCCAGUGCAGUGGGGCCUCUGAAAAUCUUCCCAAGUUGAGGAGACGGCAUUCAGAAACCCUUCGAGCUCAAUACAUAAACACCAAAGAACUCAGGAUUUGUGUUGGGACCUGGAAUGUUGGAGGUAAACUUCCGCCUGAUGACCUAGAUAUAUCAGAUUGGCUAAAAACGGAUGAGCCUGCCGAUAUGUAUGUGAUUGGUUUUCAGGAGAUUGUCCCAUUAAAUGCUGGGAAUAUCUUUGGUGCUGAGGAUAAGCGCCCAGUUCCAAAAUGGGAAAAUGUUAUUCGUGAAACACUGAACAGAUUUAGACCAGAGAAGCAAAAGUAUAAAUGCUACAGUGUUCCUCCUUCGCCAUCAAGGUUCAAGCAAUCAGAGGAUGUCCCUGAUAUAGAAGAUGAAAUCCUUGCUGAAAGUGAGAGCGAUAGAGAUGAGGAAGUCUAUCCAUUGGAUGACGAAUUUAAUGGUUCUGAUGAAAUCAAGGAUGCUGCCACCACAAGUGAGGAUGUAUUUGUAAGAUCUGAAGAUUCAAACUCCAAUGAAAAUUCUGAUAUGGUAUCAUCAAGAGUACAGGUUCCACAAAGGCAGUUUUCUUCCUCAAAGAGAUUCGAUAGGUUAAAUUGCUUUCAGACAGGUGAUUCCAUGUACAAUGCAGAGACAUCAACUCCCCACCAGAAAGGAAUAUUAUCUAAAACACUAAGUGGGACAGAAAGGAUUGGUUUGAACUGGCCCGAACCACCAAUGGACCUGCUAACUAAGCAUGUUUUAGAAAGACCAAAUUCCUUCAAAUCAGUCAAGUCUUUUAAAGCAUCUCACUCUUUUAAGACAUCUAGGUGUGGGGAUUACAGAGGGGCAUCAGAAACAGCUUUGCUAACCAAUAUUGAUCUGGAAACCAUUGUACGCCACAAAAGAUCACCUUUUGUAAGGAUAGUAAGUAAGCAAAUGGUUGGGAUUUUCCUUUCUAUAUGGGUUCGUAGAAGCUUGCGUAGGCAUAUUCAGAACUUGAAAGUUUCUACUGUUGGCGUUGGUAUUAUGGGCUACAUUGGUAACAAGGGAUCAGUUUCUGUGAGCAUGUCUGUAUAUCAAACACUCUUUUGUUUUAUCUGUAGUCACCUAACAUCAGGUGAAAAGGAGGUGGAUGAACUUAAAAGGAAUGCCGAUGUGCAAGAAAUACAUCGGAGGACACAGUUCAAUCCGAUUUCUGGUAUUGGGUUCCCGAAGACCAUCCUUGACCAUGAAAGAAUUAUCUGGUUUGGCGACCUAAAUUAUCGUAUCAACUUAUCAUAUGAGAAGAUACGAGAACUCAUAUCCAAAAAAGAAUGGCCUCAGUUGAUUGAGAAGGACCAGCUCAUGAAAGAGCUGAGAAAAGGUCGAGCUUUUGAUGGAUGGUGGGAAGGUACUUUAAAUUUUCCACCAACAUACAAAUACGAGUUUAAUUCAGAGAAGUAUUAUGGGGAGGAUCCAAAGGCUGGGAGGCGUAAUCCAGCAUGGUGCGACCGUGUCCUUUCACUUGGAAAUGGAAUGAGGCUAUUGAAAUACAAAAGGGUUGAGCAUAUGCUUUCUGAUCACCGACCUGUGACUGCCAUCUAUGUGGCUGAGGUUGAGGUCUGCUGUCACAGGAAGCUCCAAAGAGCACUUACGUUCACAGAUGCAGAGCUAGAAGAUGAAGUUAUAGCAGAUAUGGAAUUUGAUGUUGGGAAGAGCCAGCAAAGGGUUGAAGAGGGUAUAUCUGACUGGGAGCGAUAAGAAACAUGACAUGCCGUGGAGUGAUGACCCUUACAUUCUUUAAGAAAGCGUUGGAUGUGUUCCCUCUUAUAAUAUUUUCACUCCUUUUUUUUCCCCAAUUCUUUGGAAUUUUUUGGGUAGAAUGGCUAUUCUUUGGAUUGAUUGCUGUAAAUGUGUAUAUUGAUUUGCCCAGUGGAUAGCCUAAGGGUGAGUGAGAGAUUGUCUUCCGUGUGGAUGUCAUGUAUUUUAACUUGUAAAAGUGUCGUCCCAUCUUUGAGACCCUCGUGUUAGCACUUCUUACUUGUACGUGUAUACCAUAGAAAAUGUUAUUUUUUCGGGGGUAGAAAAAUAGAAAAUGUAUUGAAAAAAUAGGAAAUUGUGUAUCUGAUUCAGGCUAUACAAAAUAAAACCAAUCCUCUAUGGCUAUUUUUUGACUGAAAAA